AUGAGCUGCAACCACUCUGUUUGCGAGGCCAAGUCCACCAGCGACGAGCUGGAGUGCAAGAUCUGCUACCAGAGGUACAACGCACACAACCGUAAACCCAAGAUCCUGGACUGUCUGCACCGGGUAUGCGCCCGGUGCCUCAAGAAGAUCUUGGACAUCGGUAACGGUUCCCGCUGCCUCUCCUGCCCCUUCUGCCGCCACGAGACAGAGGUCACGGAGCACGAGGUGGCCGGCCUGCCGGACGACGCCAAUAUCAUGUCGCGACUGGCAGCCGCGGAGCCGUGCUGGGCGCCGGACUGCAGCGAGGUCGUGCUCAGCCCCAAGAACCUGUCACCCAGCCCCUCACAGGACUCCUCCAACUGCCUGGUGAUCACCAUCAUGGAGGUGCAACAGGACAUCCGGCAGCUGCCGGGCCGCGACGACAGCUCCGACGGCUACGCGGAACGCAGCCUCGACUCCGUAUCCAUCACGUCCAACAGCCAGAUGGAGCAGGACGCCCUUUCCAAGCUCUGUAAUCACGUGCCCAAGGUGCUUGUGUGGCUGCUGGGCUUCCUCUAUUUUGGCUCCCUGCCGCUGGGGAUCUACCUGCUGGUGGUGCAGAGGGUCACUCUAGGCAUCGUGUGCGUGAGCCUUGUCCCCUCCAGCCUGACGGUGUGUCUCGUCUACGGCUUCUGCCAGUGUCUGUGCCAGGGCGUGUGUGGCUGCCCCUCCGAACGCUGA